CGCUGUUACUCCGGCUCCUCCAGGCGCGCAGUGACCCCGCCUCGUCUGUUCUGUUCCCCGGCCCGCGGCUGCGGCGCUGACGUGGCUCCCGGAAGUGGGGCUGGCGUGGGCCGCCAUGUUGCAGCAGGACAGUAAUGAUGACAUUGAAGAUGUCUCACUGUUUGAUGCAGAAGAGGAGACAACUGGUAGAUCAAAAAAAUCCAAAAUCAGACACCCAGUGGCAUCAUUUUUCCAUUUAUUCUUUCGAGUCAGUGCAAUUAUAGUCUAUCUUCUCUGUGAAUUGUUCAGCAGCAGCUUUAUUGCCUGUAUGGUGACAAUUAUCUUGUUGUUGUCAUGUGACUUUUGGGCAGUCAAGAAUGUCACAGGUAGACUAAUGGUUGGCCUGCGCUGGUGGAAUCAUAUUGAUGAAGAUGGAAAAAGCCAUUGGGUGUUUGAGUCCAGGAAGGCCUCUCCUCAAGACAGUAAAACUGUUUCAGAGGCUGAAUCAAGAAUCUUCUGGUUAGGACUCAUUGCCUGUCCGGUGCUGUGGGUGAUAUUUGCCUUUAGUGCCCUCUUCUCCUUCAGAGUGAAGUGGUUGGCGGUGGUUAUCAUGGGUGUGGUGCUGCAAGGGGCCAACUUGUAUGGCUACGUCAGGUGCAAAGUGGGCAGCAGGAAGAAUUUAACCAGCAUGGCUACAUCGUACCUUGGAAAGCAGUUUUUAAGACAAACCACUGGAGACGAUCAGACCUCCUGAAGAGAGUGAGGGAGUCUGUGUGUUCUUUCCAUUGGGAACAACUGAAGGGGGUCUUGACUCUGGACCUUUAGAACUCAGUACCUAUUGCAAAGAGGAGUGUUGGGUUUGUUUUUCCAUUUUAAAGUUUACUUUAAAAAAAAAAAGGAAAAGUAGUUUUCAUAUUAAGUUUUUACUUUCUAGCAUAUGGGGCUUGAAGGUGUGGUGUAGCUAGAAACAUUGUUAACAUUUGGUUCAUGGUGUACAUAUGUGUAUGCACAUAGUCGUGUAAGAUCCAUGUGUCUUAAAUUAACAGAAGUGUUUGUGUUCAUGCCCAUAUGGAAUGGAGACCUUUGCAUUUUGAUCCACAGAACAAGAAGGAUGUUCCUAGUCUAUCUCAAAACUCUCUUUGUUUACAUACUUUUUCUGUAGAUUAUUUUAGGUUUUGCUUCCAUGGUAAGAGUGAGCACUUUGGCUUAUAUAUAGAGUUAGAAAUAAUUGUUAAUUUUACACUUAAUAUAUACUUCAUGAUGAAACUUCUUAUCCUAGGCGUUUACAGGCAGGUAAAAACCAAAUUUGGGCUAUUGGUGUUAACUAGUUUCUAAAAUUUUGUUUAUUUUUAUUUGUAAUGAGUCACGUACUUAAGGCCCAGUUAAUAUAAAAGGAAUUUUCAUAGUUUAUGUUCACGGGAUACGUAGGCAUUGCUGCUGUUCUAUUUAUUUUGGGGGAAAGAUAGCCAGAUUUUACUUUGGAACCUUCCAGAAGCUCUUCAGUGGUCCUUGGCCUAAUGAAAUCUGUCUUUUACCACUAAAAGAGUAUUAUUCUUAUGUCAUAGUGAGAAUAAUCAUUUCAAUACUUGGCAUUGUAAAUGCCUAAAAGACGUUUUAUUUUACGAAUCUAUUUUUUUUCUUGCUAUAAUGGGGAUAUUGUAAAUCAUGUGUUUGUAUUAAUGGUAUUUCUUAAAACAAUGUAUGUAACAAUCCGCAAACUAUUGCAGGCAUCUGUAAAUUCUGUUGUAGGUACUGUAAAUUUUCUUUUAAUUGGCAGAUAGAUUAUUUUGUGAUUGUAUUUAUACAUUGUUAAAAAUUUUUGAAGAUGUUUUGUUUAAUUGAAUGUAUCUUAUUGGCGUGAUAGCUUUGAAGGUGCAUAACUUUAUAUUUGUAUAAAACUCUACUGCUUACAAAGCAUUUUGACACUUGUAAUCUCAUUUGAUCCUCACGACAAGCCUGUUAUGUGUGAUGCCGGUUUAUAGGUGACGAAACAGGACUUCAGGUUAUUGACUGACUUGCCCAAGGAGACACUGAUUACAGGAAGACCCAUCAGGACAUAUUACUGAUUUUAGAGGAAAUAUUUGUCUCUAAAUGUCCUUUCCUUUCGUACGAAUCAUUAAUUUACUAAGUCAUUAAUUUGGUAAGUGCUUGUUUCCCAUUUUAUUUAUACUUGUCUGGUGAGGAAAGUGGAUGCUGCAUAAAUGUUUUUAUUUAACCUGAAAGAUCUGGUGUCAGUCUGUAAAGCUGAGAGUCUCAUGGGGGGGUUGCUCUUGAGGUAACUAUUGUUAUUUCAGGCUUCAAUCCUAAACCAAAUAUGAAUUGAAUUUUGGAAUACGUACGUGGCAAGACCUACUGUUUAUCCCCCAAUAUUCAUUUUUCCCUUCUAUUCAUUUCCCACUUAUUAGCCAGGACAUGGCAACAAAGACAGUUUUUCCCAGAUUUUCUUGCUGCACCUUGGCUACACUUCCAGGAAGUAUUCUUAGAAGGCCGGCAUGCGCAUCCCCUCCCCUUUUCACCCCUCUUAGCUGAAAUGUAGACAGAAUAGAUGGCGCUUGAACAGCUGUCAUGGACGAUGGGGUGAUAGCCUUAUUUUUGAGAACAGCAGAGAAAUAAGGUAGAGAUUGAGUUCCCUCUGAUGGGGCCAGCAGCCCUGAACUGCCUGUCUGAAUUUUUAAGCGAGAAACAAACUUCUGUCUUGUUUAAGUGUUAUUGCUUUGGUUUUUCUGUUACUACAGCCUAAGUGAAUUCUUAUCAAUACAGUGUAUUUUCAGCAGCCCCCACAAUUGUUUCCAUUAGUAUAGUAUUUGAGAUUUAAUAGUUCAUCAAAUACAUAUUUGCUCUUUCCUGUGAGUUAAUUAAGCUAAUAUUAUAGAUUCCAACAAGUCCAGCUGUUCCAGAUGCUGUUGCUGCGUAAAAAUUCACCCCAGAACGUAGCAGUGUACAACAGUCAUUUUCUUAUGCUUACACAAGCUGUGGGUCAGGAAUCUGGGUGGAGCUCAGUGGGGACAGCUUUCCUCUGCUGCACAGCCUGGGGCUUGGCUGAGAGAUUUGAAGCCUGGGUUUUGCACAUUGGCCAGGAGGCAGGAAACAUCUGGGGGCAUCUUCACGGGUCUGGAGAUUGAUGGCGGCUGUCAGCUGAACCUCAGCCAGGUUGCUGGUUGGAACACCCACAUUUGUGACCUCUGGGUCGUCUCUCUGUGGAGGCUCAUCUGGGCUUCUUCACAGCCUGGCAGCUGGGGUCUAAGACAGGCUUCCCCAGGGAGCCAGAGAAGUGUGUGACGUUUUUAUGACUAGUCUCGGGGUUCACAUAGUGUCACUUCUGCCAUUCUCUGGUUGAAGCAGCCACUAAGGUCCCCCUGAGUUCACGGGGAGGGGACAAAGCAGCCAUCUUUGGAAAGUAAAAGCUGCCACACAUAAUCGUUUCAAGACGGGAAGACUGCUUGAAGAGACCGAGGGUAGCAGGUGUUGUUUCUUUUUUAUCUUCCCUGGUCAGCCUUGAGCACAGGUAAACUGACUGAAUGGUGCAAUUAAAAUGAAAGUAACAUUGCAUUCUGGAGCCCCCAGUGUGCCUGUUGUUUGGCCCACAGCUCUGACACGUAGGCAAGGGUGUGUGUGGUUGUGUGGAGGUGAUGGCACAGUAAGUCCACCAUGGUGUCAGUACUGUGGUCCUUUAAAUUUGUAAAACUCUUCAGAGCUCAUUCAGAGUUCUUUUAUGUCUAUUACCUUAUUUGAUUUUCCCCCGUAACCUCUAGAAGGAGGAGAGAUCAUGAACAACCUCAUGUUACAGAUGAAUAGCUAAGAUGGAGAAAAGUAAAAUAAUUUACUGACGAUUGCAGGUAGUAGAGACAGUGAUGCUCCCCCAGUAUUCCCUUUGUUCUCCUGUACUUCCCACCAGCUCCCUAAUUAACUGAAGCUGUGAGAUCAGUUAUGGCCCGUGUGAUGUGAGUGAAGGUGACCUGCAUCGCUUUUGGGUGAGGAAGGUGAAACUGAUGUGAGAGUCUCUAAUCUUUCUUCCCUUCUGUGGCAGCCAGUGGUGCUCGAGAUGGUGCCUCGGCCAGCUGGGUCCCUGGGUGGCUUGUAGAGCAGAAUCUCCCACCUGCUCCUGUUGGACGAAUGGCGUAAGUGAGCAAUAAACUUCUGGUGUGCAAAGUCA